CCCCCCCGCCCCCGCCGCUGCUAUUUCUGCUAAUUCCCGGCGGCGGGCCCGGCCGUGCUGAUCGGCAGCCGCCGCUCCCAGACGGCGCUGGGCGCCGCAGCCAUGAUAAAGCGUUUCCUGAAGGAGGACUCAGAGGAGGCUGAGCUGACACAAUUCCUGCGGGACUGCCCAUCGGCUGACAGCUCCAGGAAGGCGGAACCUCCGGAGAGCAGGAGGGAUCCCAGCCACCCCUCCUGUGGCUUGGGCAGGGUCCCCCUCGAUGAACCCGCAAACGAGAGGGACACCAGGAUCUUCUCCCAGUCUCGGCCCUCGGAUUUCCAGCAGCACAUCGCUGCCCCCCCACCCCCCAGCCCCAACCGCCCACGGAGCCCCUGGGGGCAGCUGGACCCCUAUGACUCCUCCGAGGAUGACAAGGAGUAUGUUGGCUUUGCAACGCUGCCCAACCAGGUCCAUCGGAAGUCAGUGAAGAAAGGCUUUGACUUCACCCUCAUGGUGGCAGGGGAAUCUGGGCUGGGCAAAUCCACCCUGGUCAACAGCCUCUUCCUGACAGACAUGUACCGAGACCGCAAGCUGCUGAAUGCUGAAGAACGCAUCACACAGACCGUGGAGAUCACCAAGCAUGUGGUGGACAUCGAGGAGAAGGGUGUCAAGCUGCGCCUGACCAUCGUGGACACCCCAGGCUUUGGUGAUGCUGUCAACAACACCGAGUGCUGGAAGCCAGUGGCUGACUACAUUGACCAACAGUUUGAGCAGUAUUUCCGUGAUGAAAGCGGCCUCAACCGGAAAAAUAUCCAGGACAACCGUGUCCACUGCUGCAUCUACUUCAUCUCACCCUUCGGCCACGGGCUCCGGCCCCUGGAUGUGGAGUUUAUGAGAGCCCUGCACCAGCGGGUGAACAUUGUGCCUGUGCUGGCCAAGGCUGACACCCUGACCCCUGCUGAGGUGGAGAGGAUGAAGAACAAGAUCCGGGAGGAGAUCAACCAGUACAGUAUCCGCAUCUACCAGUUCCCUGAGUGUGACUCAGAUGAGGAUGAAGAGUUCAAGCUGCAGGACCAGGCAAUGAAGGAGAGCAUCCCCUUCGCUGUGAUCGGCAGCAACACCAUCGUGGAGGCCAAAGGCAGACGCAUCCGCGGGCGCCUCUACCCCUGGGGCAUCGUGGAAGUGGAGAACCCGUCCCACUGCGACUUCGUGAAGCUGCGGACGAUGCUGGUCAGGACCCACAUGCAGGACCUCAAGGACGUGACACGGGAAACCCACUACGAGAACUACCGCACCCAGUGCAUCCAGAGCAUGACACGCAUGGUGGUGAAAGAGAGGAACCGCAACAAGCUUACCCGAGAGAGUGGGACAGAUUUCCCCAUCCCUGUCAUCCCCCCGGUGCCAGAUGCGGAGACAGAGAAGCUCAUUCGGGAGAAGGAUGAGGAGCUGCGCCGGAUGCAGGAGAUGCUCCAGAAGAUUCAGAAGCAGAUGAAGGACUCACACUAACCCCCUUCCUCUCCAUCCCUUUCUCCUCCUCUCCCUCCCUCCCUCCCUCAGAUCAGUAAUGUUUACAUCACGCUCCAUCCUGGCCCCACUGCAAGACUUGGUACCCACACCACACCUGACACCUUAACCUGCUGCAGGAUUGCCUUAUCCCACUGGCCAGUGCCCAGCCCACGGGGACAGUGAGGGGACACACAGGGCACUGAGCCUGGGGGUCCCUGUGCCAGCCAGACUGCUGCCCUGCUCCCACACCAGCAUGUAGACAGCUUUGCCCACCCUGAGCUUUGGCUUUUCCCCCGCAGCUCUAUGGAGGGUCCCCAGACAGCCUGCUCCCAGCAUUGUGUCCCCUGUCCCCGUGUCACCCCAGGCUGUGUACUUACAGCCUUUACACUCAGCUUGGCCCUCGCGUGAGGAAAGGAGGGGAAGGAAGGAGAUGGUCCCUGUACUGUCCAGUCCUGUUCUCAGCUGAGACCUUGUCCCCAGCCAGCGUUGCCCCUUGUGUCCACCCCAUGGCCCCAGGCAGUGGAGAGAGCCAGGACAUGGAGAGCCCUGGGGAACCCCAGGCCCUAGAGAAAGUCUCUUGAACCCCAAAUCAGAGGCUGGGUCCCCAGGCUGGGUCCUCCUUGCUCUUGGCCCUGUAGAGCAAUAAUGAAGCACCCCUGGUGCUUCCCAGCCCACAGCAAUAGCGUUGUCCUGUAUUGGGCCCCUGGUGUCCCUUAUCCCUGUGUGUCCCCAGAAUGUCCCUGUUCCUACUGCUUCCUGCAGAGCAGCACUGUGUGACCCUCAAGGAUGUUCCCAUCCAUGUGGCUUCCAAGCAAAGCUCUGCUGUGUGUCCCAGUGUCUCUCACUGAUGUCCUCACGGGUGCUGCUGCCCUGCAGAAUGCUGCAGCCUGUCCCCAUACUGCUUUCCUGCAGAGUACUGUGUAGUGUCCCUGUUUCCCCCUGGGAUGUCCCCAUCCCUGUCGCUGCCCUGUGGACCCCUGUGUCAUGCCCCUGUGGCUCUUCUCCCUGAGAUAUCCCCAUCUGUGUUCCUUCCCAACUGCAUGUUCCUGGAGCGAGCCUGUGUCCUGGCCAGUGGCUGCAGAGCAUCCCUGGGGAGAUGGCCCCAGACCUGCCCCCAGCUCCCUGCUCCCUCCUGGGCAUGGGAAAAGCUGAGGAGGGAUGGUGAGGCUGCAGGGCAGAGGUAGAACUGGGAGCAGUGGGCUUGCUGGGAGCUUGCUGGCAAAGGGAUGUGUCCCCUCCCCAACAAGGCCACUCAAGCCAGGGGCUGCAUCCAGCUGGGGCCAAUGGGGCCGUGUCCGUCCAAGACUGUGAGUGCUGGGGUGUGCUGGGUACCUGAGAUAUCCACCUGCCCCUGGGCCAUGGAGGGUCCCUCAGCCCCCGUGGGCAGGGCCCUGCAAGCUGUAUUAGUGCUUUCCUUUUUUUUAAUCUUGCUAUUUUCUUACAGAAGUACCAAGCUUUGCAUGAUGGUCACAGAGGCAUUUAUUAAAGGCUGAGCAGGGCUUAGGUUUAUAAAUUUAUAGAGCUAGUGGAAAUAUUUUUAUCCCUCCACAACUGUUCUCUAAUAAAUAUGGCUUAACUGGC